AUGAACUUUCUGAAUACACAAUCUCAAUUUAACAUUUCAAGAAAAUCGAUGCCUAGACCAUUGAUAUCUAGAUAGAUUACUAGGGAAAAGAGUUAACCAAGUAUAAAUUCAAUUACUCCAUAAGUAUGUUACUAAUAUCAACACUAUUUAGACAAAAUUCCGUAUUUCUAACACUAAUUAACAAAUGAAUAGAGAAAAGAUUUAAAAAGCUAAUGGCAAUUAUUUUAGUUAACAUGAUGAUACAAGUGGAAGUACUAAGAUGUCAAAAGCACAUACUUAAUCACUAUUGAAAAAGAAUGAAAUAGAAUUUAAGUAGACUUUAUUUGAUUAAGAAGACAGAGAAGAAGAACUUUAAUUCACAUAACUUUGUUAAACUCUUGAAAAACUAUUGUGA